GUUUGGACUCGAGCACAAGGAGCGUGUGAAAGGCGAAAAUGCCCGCAAUUGCGAGCGCACGCGACGCUGGCGCUACGGGUUGCCUGUGCCGUAGGGACUCGUUCUGAAGCUCAGGAGAGCGCAGUGCUGCAAGGCGGCGGCCGACGGACAGCGCUACGGCGAGUUGUGCUCACUGCUGUCAUGCAGCCCUGCCGCAGCGCGCGCGGCGCUAGGCGGCGGCCCAGAGGUCGCCACGGCUCCGCGCCGCAUCGCUGCUCUCUGCUGGGAGCUCUGCUCGCCGGCUGCGCCAGCGCGCUCGACGCGACGCCGCGCCGCGCCGUAAUCGCACGGCUGGCAGCCAGCGCAGUCGCGACCAGCGCUGCGCCGGCGCUGGCAGCGGAUCCGCGCUGGCCGGACGACCCGUCCGGCCGGCCGGCGCCGCCGCGCAGCUGGACCGCUGCGGCCUCGGACGCGGUAUCCGACGCAGCGCGCGACGCAGCGCGACGUCAGCGCGACUCGAAACGCGAAUCCGCGCUCCGCGAACUCGCGGAUCAGGAGCGGUUCCAGGACGACCGCAUGCGGCGCUGCCGCGAGGAGGUCAGCGACGCGUGGCAGGACUGUUUUUUCCUGGGAACGACGCCGUCGAGCCGGGGGCAGCAGCGGCGCGGGCCGGCGACGUGGUGA